UUCAUUUCACAUGGUAUUCGCAGACCAUUAGUAUUUGUAGUUUACGGAUGGUUUGAGGUUAAUCCUGUUAUAAUUUCCCAUAGCAUUGAUUUUUUGCCAAUCAAUAAUCAAUCAUACGUUUAAUUUGAAAAAAAAAACAUGUUCAAUUCUAAGGCUGUUUCGAUUUUCCGUAAUCUGAUAGGAAAAGCACAAUGUGAAACAAUAAGCAAAAUCCGUAACUGCACAUUGUCAACAGAAGUGCAACAGCCUACGGAAACAGUUCUUCCAGAUAAAUUAUAUAAGGAGAUUGAGCUUGAAGUCCGAGGAAAUGAUACAGCAGUUUUACGGAGUUAUGCCCAAUUCACAACAAUGGCAGCAAAUCAUCUCGGCAUCAAAAUUGGUAAAAAUUGGGGUCCACGUAAAGCGAAACAUGAACGCCUCACCCUGUUGAAAUCUGUACAGAUAUACAAGAAGCAUCGUGUUCAAUACGAGACUAGGACCUAUUAUCGAUUCAUUCAUUUUCAUCAUUUAACUGGUUCCACCGCUGACACAGUGCUGGAAUAUCUGCAAAGGAAUUUACCUGAAGGAGUUGCUAUGAAAGUUACAAAGAUUGAAAUACUACCCAUACCGGAUGCCUUCAGAACACCACCAAGUUCUAUAACUGCAGCGUAGGCUACACAACCACUUCUCCAAUAACAUUAGUCUUAUAGGCACUGAAUAAAGUAAUUAUAUUAAAUUGA